AUGGCUGCCCGUCGUAAACCGAUGUCUGAAAUCAACGUUGUGCCUUAUAUCGACGUGAUGCUUGUGCUGCUGGUUAUUUUCAUGGCUACCGCGCCACUGCUUACCCAGGGUGUGGUUGUCGACUUGCCCGAGGCGCCUUCGGAAAGCAUUGAUGAUUCAGUUGAAGAUCCGCUGGUGGUCUCAAUGCGUGCAGACGGUGCCAUUUUCAUGAACCUCGGCAUGCUCGACGCAGAUGAUGAAGGUACCCGGGUGACCGUCUUUUCUCUGGAAGAGCAGGCUGGAAAAAUUCUAAGAGCACGCGAUGACGUGUAUUGGUUACGCCAAUAUAGCGGCCCUUUUAUGCUCGCCCUUGGUCUGCAUGGCAUUGCUGCCUGGGCGCUUUACAGCGGCUGGACGCCGGAACAGAAGCAGCUCAAUGUGAUCCGCCCGCAAGCCGUUAUGGCAAAUCUUCUGGUGCUGGAACCCAAAGCAAGACCCGCGCCGGCACCCAUCAGCAAACCUGUUGCUCAGCCGACGCCAAUAGCCAAACCCAAGCCGGUAAGUCCGGCAAAAGAAGAUCCUGCUCUGGCGGAGAAGAAAAAAGCCGAGGCGUUGAAGGCUAAACAGGCGCAGGAAAAAGCCGAUCGUCUGGCGGAACAGGAGCGUGAGCGGCUGGAACGUCAGCAACGACUCAACGAUCUUGCACAGUCAUCCUUGGAGCAGGCCAUUUCAACUGAAUCUGCCAAUCUGCAGGCCGGUACGGCGGAAAUGGUGGCGCAGUCCUAUCAGCUGGGCAUCUACGAGCUGGUGCGGCAGAACUGGUCGCGGCCGCCCAGUGCACGUAAUGGCAUGUCGGCGAAACUUCUGGUUGAACUCAUUCCAACCGGCGAGGUCGUAGCGGUUAGCGUUGUUGAAUCUUCAGGCAGUACAGCGUUUGAUCGUUCAGCAGAGCAAGCGGUACGACGCGCCAGGCGUUUUGAGGUGCCACAGGACAACGCUAUUUUUGAAGAGAAUUUCCGUCAGUUUUACUUUUUGUUUCAACCAGAGGAUUUAUUGAGUAACGCGACAUUUGCUGCCGGCUCUCUCGAUACGAUCAUUAUCGAUCGUGGGGUUGAUGAGCCCAUUCGCGUGGCAAUCGUGCCGUUCAAAAUGGAUCCGAGUCUCAUGAGCGAGACAAACAUUGCUGAUAUUGUUGGUUUUGAUCUUGCCCGCAGUGGUCAGUUUGAUCCCCUUGCAUCGGAAAACAUGCUGUCCUACCCAAGCAGUCGCGCGACUGUGUUUUUCCGUGAUUGGCGUAUUCUGAAGUCUGCCUAUCUGGUGAUUGGUAACGCGCGUGUCGACGCCGAUGGCCGCGUUGCGGUCGAGUUCGAGUUGUACGAUGUGCUGGGUGAGCGUCUUAUGCUGAGCCGUCGCUACUCAGUGGCUCGCAGUCAGUGGCGCGACGUAUCACAUCAGAUUGCUGAUGCCAUUUAUGAAGAGGUCACCGGUAUUCGUGGCGCUUUCUCGACGAAAAUAAUGUACGUGCUGGCGCGUAAUGCUGGUAGUCCAGAUGCGGUUUACCAACUGGAAAUAGCGGAUUCGGAUGGCGAGCGAUCGCGUACGCUUUUCAGCUCACGGGAACCGAUCAUGUCUGCCAGUUGGGCACCGGAUGGCAAGCGUGUGGUCUAUGUAACUUUUGAGACAGGUCGUCCAAGCAUAGUCAUACAGGAUGUCGAUGGCCCUUAUAGAGAGCGGCUGACAAAUUUCCGCGGCAUUAACAGUGCGCCGGUGUUCUCGCCAGAUGGCCGACAACUGGCAAUGGUCUUGUCAAAAGAUGGUGAUCCGGAAAUUUUCAUUAUGGAUCUGGCUACCAAAUCUCUGCGUCAGAUCACCAGACAUCAUGCAAUUGAUACUGAACCGAGCUGGUCGCCGGAUGGCCGCAGCAUUAUUUUCACCUCUGACCGGGGCGGUAGACCACAAAUUUAUCAACUGGACCUAUCUACUAAUCUUUUAGAGAGACUUACGUUUCGUGGUGACUAUAAUGCGCGCGCCCGAUUGCUGCCCGACGGUAAGCAUCUGGUUUUUGUACACCGGACAAAUGGCGUAUUCCAUAUUGCAUGGCAAGACCUGGAACGCGACAAUUUGCAGGUGUUGACGCAAACAGACUUAGAUGAGUCGCCAUCGCUUGCGCCAAAUGGCACGAUGCUCAUAUAUGCCACUCAGGACAGGGGUCGGGGUAUACUUGCGGUGGUGUCGAUCGAUGGCAGCGUGAAGUAUCGCUUACCUUCGUCGUCUGGCGAUGUAAGAGAACCCGCUUGGUCGCCGUUUUUAGACGGCUGA